AGAGCCGUUAAGAGAGUACUGGCGAAAAUGAAAUAAGUACGCCAGUGGAAAGUAUUUGCCCUCUUCACUGUUGAAAAUAAUUUGCUAAAUGUCCCUCUUUUAUUAAAGCAGCUAAUCACUAAGUUUAAGAAAAAUGACACUAGCUAUAAGGUAGAAUGUAAAGAUUACAGUUACCUGUAUCAUCAUACACUCCCCAGAAGCGAGUGUCUGAAUUUUUAAUUUCACUCAUUUUUAUAUGCAAUCUGAACAAGAGUAGCCAAAAACGAUUAACCGCAAUAUUUUGUUUCUUUGGGGGAGUCGACGAGUCUCCAAGGCUUUGGCAGAGCUGGAAACACCGGCAAGCAUUCAGCAUUAAGCUGGGUUCUGAGGCAGAGGAGCCGCAAGCGACGCCAACUGCUCAGCGCAUUCAGAUUUAAAACAGGCCCUCGGGCAACGUCCGCCAUCGGUAGAAAAAGGAGUUGUUCAAUUUGACACAGGAAGUGCGCGUCCCCGGAGCCGAGCGUCGCGAACGCGCGGUGCUCGUUCACGCCUGGCUGAUUAAAGAUUUGGUGAUAUUUAAUAGAAGAGAAAGCCCGGACUCAGUGGGAGAGACUCACAGCAAGAGAGAGAGGGAGAGAGAAAGAGAGAGAGAGAAACUCGGAUCCGAUCCUAGCCUCUUGGUUUCUCUCCCAAAUAAACCCCAGCAUACGGAUCUUUAUAUGGAUUUUGGACUCAAUUUCUCCUAAUUCUUUGGAGUUGCUCCGAUUGAAACAAGACACAGACACACAUACAAAACGACUGGGAUUGUUUGGGAUUUGGUGUCCUCAAAUCGCACAGAUGUUGGUGCACACAUACGCUGCAAUGGAUCGGCAUGAUGGAAUGAACAGCAGUCAUAGUGCCCGGCUCGCCCAGCUAGGCUCCAUGAGCCAGGCUCCCUACUCCACGGCCCCGCCGCUCUCGCAUACCCCUUCUUCGGAUUUCCAGCCGCCUUACUUCCCACCGCCCUACCAGCCCCUGCCCUACCCUCAGAGUCAGGAGCCCUACGCUCACGUCAACGAUCCUUACUCCCUGGCCAGCCCUUUGCACCAGCCCCAGCAGCACCCGUGGCAACAGAGGCAACGCCAGGAGGUGGCGGCCGAGCAGGGUAUCCUGCACCAACCCCGGGGUCUGUCUCAGUUGUCAAGCCUUGAUCACCGUCGGGAUUAUCAUGGGAUCCGGCGGCCUGAUGUGCUUCUCCACUCCGGCCACGGCCUUGACUCAAACCAUGGGCUGGUUGACACUCUCGCUCUCCACGCUCUCAAUCACCACGGGCUCGACGACGUACAGGCCGUGGAAGAUAACGGAAGCCCUGGGAUGAAUUUAUUGGACCAGUCUGUAAUCAAAAAAGUUCCAAUGCCAAUUAAAGCCAAUGGCAGUUCACUUUCUUUGAACAUGCAAAAGGAUGGCUCAGUUGGAGGAGUAACAAACCCAAAUGAAGUGUUCUGCUCAGUCCCAGGCCGCCUGUCACUGCUCAGCUCCACCUCCAAGUACAAAGUGACCGUGGGAGAGGUUCAGAGGCGUCUGUCUCCACCGGAGUGUCUGAAUGCAUCACUACUCGGAGGAGUGCUGAGGAGGGCAAAGUCAAAAAAUGGUGGUAGAUCCUUGAGAGAAAAAUUGGAAAAGAUUGGAUUGAAUUUGCCUGCAGGAAGACGCAAAGCAGCCAACGUCACCUUACUCACCUCACUCGUCGAAGGUGAGGCUGUGCACUUGGCCAGGGACUUUGGGUACGUUUGUGAGACUGAGUUCCCAGCAAAGGCAGCAGCAGAGUUCUUGACCCGACAACAUUCAGACCCAGCUGAGCUUCAUGCCCGAAAAAAUAUGCUUCUUGCUACCAAGCAGAUCUGUAAAGAGUUCACAGAUUUAUUAGCUCAGGACCGAUCUCCACUCGGAAACAGCCGCCCCUCAGCAAUCCUUGAAGCUGGAGUCCAGAGCUGCUUGACUCACUUCAGCCUGAUCACACAUGGCUUUGGCAGUCCUGCCAUCAUCGCUGCAUUAACUGCCUUCCAGAAUUACCUGGUGGAGGCUAUAAAGGGGCUGGAUAAGAUGUUCCUGAGCUCAUCCAACAGCCAUCCCUCGGGGGAAUCUGGGACUAAAAGCACAGACAAAGAGGCCAAACAUCGAAAAUAACCGGGGACAGAUGGCACGGACCAAACUGUUCUAAUUAUCAAAGAGAUUAAACAGUCAUUCAACGUGCAAUUAAUAACAAAGGACAAAUAAAAUAAUCAUCAGGAGGAUUGUGUUGAGGUGGCUGUGCAGUGACAACUUUCUAAUUGAGGCAAGAAAGGAGUAAAGAGUUAGCCUGGUUUUAUCGAGAUCGAAUAAGGCCUGAACCCAGGCUCGUCUCAAUCAAUGGCACGCACAUUGAACUAUCUUGGGACAAUUGAUCCAGAAUUUUGGGAACAUUAAUAUGGCAAGAGAUUAAUAAAGCACAAGCUUGGGGCAACAACCUCGGCAGAGCAAGCAAAUAGUGUUCCACAUGUGUAUAUUUAUUUAUGUGUAAUUAAAUGGGAACUUUAAAUAGACCUGUGCAAGCUAUUUAUCUGCUGACCUGGUUUUUCUGCUGUGAGUGAUAGGAGAUGAAGACUUUGCUUUUAGAUUUUUUUAAACUUGAGGUUUCAGGGACAGGAUAAGGUCAGACUGGCAGUAUCUGUGUAAAGGUCAUUGUAUUUUCUUGUGGAAGUGAUGCACAGAGGAAUAUUUGUGAAUGUGUUCCUGAACCAUAUUUUGAAACGGUGGCGUGUGAGGUAUGAGGUUAUAAAUCUCUUAAUUUGUUUGUCUAGAGUGUUUCAUAAAUUGUUGAAUAAAUUGUGCUGCUAUACAGAACAAUUCUAUUAUAUGUUUCCUUCAUGUAAUGAAAACUUGGUUAUCAGGACUUUGUAAGAUUUUGUAACCUAUUCUCUUCCACCCCAGACACCCUGCAAACAAAAAAAAACUUAAAUCAAACCCAUUUUUGUGUUUUGAAUUUCCUCACAAUCUGUCUUGUUA